CGACAGUCUGCACGCACUACUGAUGAUUACUGCCAGCAUCAACACUCUGUUUACCACCUGCGAUUUUCAACACUACCAUCAAGUCAACUAACAAGCAGCAUACUUGCUCGAUCUCCAAUCCAACUCUUCUCAUUAUUCGCGGAUUAAUGUCGGAUCUAUACUGUCCACUCCCCCCUCGGGGCCAAGAUAUAUUUCGCUUCCGUCGCCCCUACGGAGUGAACCUAGGAUCUACCUUCACACAAGGCCCGUCCCUCCACCAAACCACCGCGCCAACUGAGCUAGAAGCACUGACAAGCUCCAUCGAAACGAAUGGACUCGAAUCCACCGCCUCAACAUGGCAAUCCCACUGGCUUUCCGCCCUGCCAAACGACGAGCUGCUCUGGCUCAGAGAUACCUGCCACUGCAACACGAUCCAACUGCCCCUUGGAUUCCUCACCCUCGGUCCUCUCUUCAGCCAAGGAACCCCCUUCGAGGGCGCCCCAUCCCAGGUCUACACGCGCUGCUGGUCCGCCAUCAAGCAUCUCAUCGAGCGGUGCCACGCCCACGGAAUCGGGAUCCUCCUCAACUUCGACCUUACCACCAACGGGGUAAACCUCCGCUCCAGCUCCGAGCGCCUCGCACUCGCCCGGGACUGCAUCGCCUUCGUAGCCCAGGAGGUAACCUUCCACGCCCUGCACGGGGUGGUCGGUCUACGGAUCUCUACAUCAAAGGAGACGCCGAGGCCGGGUUCCCCCACUCUCCGCGACUGGUACAAGGAGAUCCGGAUGAUAGUCGGCGCCAUCGACGAGUUUCUGCCACUGUACAUCGGCGAUAACAGCCCCGCGGGGACCGAACUCUUCCGUGACUGCGAGACGCCGCUCCACCACCAACUACUCCAGGCCGACUCUAAACAGCCAGCACCGGCAGGAAGGGCGACCUUGCCCUUACCCCCGGCGGCCCCCGGCCAUCUGCUACUCUCGCGGGACGAAGUCCAGACCAAGGCCCAGCAAGCCCGGAUCGAGCGGCCGCAGUUACUGAGGGAGGCCUUGGCGCGCCUGGAGGGAGAGGAGGAGGAAGUGAAAGGGGAGAAGGGGGAGAGGGCAAAGGAGAAAUACUGCCACCGUGCGGUUGGGCGGCAGAGUUUCGUCCACGGCUGGGAUCUGGGAUACAGCGAUGCGCUGCGGUUUUUCGAUGCCGCGGUGGAAGGGCUGGUGCCGCAGCGCGAGGGGGCGGACAGGAUCGGGGAGGUGGAGUUGUGGGCUCGUCGACGGGCAAGCGACGUUGCACGGCUGGAAGAGAACCAUCAGGCCUGGGAGCUGGGGCUUCGACGGGGAAUUGCCGAUUUUAAUCAGUUCGUGGGCAUUUGAGCUGGUUCUUUUUGACCCCCCUCCGCGUCGAUCUAAUGUUGCAUAUGGGUUCGUCGGGUCCCGGUGUUAUCAAAAGGGAUGUGGACUAGCUUUGAUUCGGGCAAAUGGCAGUACACUUCUCUGCCAUCGGCCACAAAAAGUGGCUGGACAAAAGCAUGGGUACAGUACUUUU